ACUCCUGCUGCUUGGGUGGAGAAGUACUCCGAGCCUUUACUCCAACUAAAGUACCAAUACAGUCAAAAAGGAGUCAAUAAACUGCUGUUGUAAGUAGUAACCGGCAGUAGUGAGUAGUAGCAGUAACUGUAGUAGCACUAGUUGUACUAGCAAUAUAGUAGAAGUAGUAAAAGUAUUAGUGGUAGCAGUAGUAGCAUUAGUAACAGGAAGGCAAGGACAAUUUAAUUAUAUAGCACAUUUGCAAAGGGCUUUACAAAAAAAAGUAAUAAUUAAGAAGAGCUGUCAUUGGAAAUAACAGAUGUAAAACAUUUAAAAUGAGUAACCGUGGAUCUGGUUCGGGAACUCGAAAACACAGCCAGGAAAUUAGGAACCAUCUCCGUUUUAAUCUAAGAUGCAGGCAGAGCAAGAUUAUUCCCAAGACUGGGCAGAAAACCGUCUUAUUUAAACUGAGAGCAGUACAUAUCUAACGGUAAAACCACAGUGGAGACACGAGUUCACUUCAUAAGCAACAGCGAUCAAGUAGGCUUUGAGUUUAGAUUUGGACAUAUUAAACCGAUUUGGACAGUUUAUACUGACCCUUACACCGGUGUCAGACCGAAUGCACAGGAGCGAAUAGUUUGCGCAAGAUUUGUGUCGCAGAAUGAAGAGCGUACAAAGGAGCUAACUGCUACGAGCUACACCGGAAAUUAAACAACCACUAUAUUAAUCUUCAGACCCGGUAUCCUCGUCCUUCUCGGAUGUCUUUCAGAUUAACUUUAGGGAGCCCUGGGCCAAAAAUCGGACUUCCCACGUUCCCAUUAAGUCCAGUGCAACCAGUACUCAUAUGAUGUAACGAUUUGUGUAGGGCUGCAACUAACCAUUAUUCUCAAUAUCGAUUCAUCUGCCGAUUAUUUGACGUUUGGUCUGUGAAAUAUCAGAAAACGGUGAGAAAUGUCCAUCAGAGCCCACGGUGACGUCUUCGAGUGUCGCGUUUUGUCCGACCGAAAGUCCAGAAGCCAAAGAAAAACAGGAAGUGCCGACACUUGAGAAGCUGGAAGCAGGACGUUUUUGUCUUUCUACUUGUUGGUAACCAGGUGAGAGUUGGUUAAAUGUACUUACACUUCUUUUGUUUGAACUUCAGCUGCUGCAUUUUGUACAAGUUGUAGUUGACAAAGAGCUGCUUUGGGUUACUAGAGUCUAGAUCAAGGUCUAGAUUGGCGUUUUGAGAGAUCCUGCUUGGACAUGAGUCCUUUUUUUAGAUGGUAAAAACUGACACUAACUGAUUAUGUAUUAAAACGAGCACAGAGAUCAGUGCAGUAACGGCCCUCACCACCAGAGGGCAGUGAGCACCAGCUUCAGCGUUGAACAGCAGGGUGGAAAUGUCUGGAUUCAUCUCUCUCCAGUCUCUGCUGCCUCUCUCGACCCCUCCUCCUCCUCCUCCUCCUCCUGCUGCUCUACUCAUCGCUGAGUCUGGAUUCAACAGCUCAGAAGCUGCAGAUGUCCGCAAACACCUGUCUGCCUGCCUGCCUACCUGUCUGACCCUUAAGCCUGUCUGCCCUUCAGCAGCAUGAAGAGGAGGCAAACAUUUGGGUUUCUGCUCUGGGUGUGUGCUUGCUGUGUUGGUCCGACGUGCUGCUGGCACGACCUGGACAACAGCGAGUACGACUGCUGGCCUCUGGACAAACCCAACGAAUACAACAUGAUCGACUGUGGAGGUCUAGAGAUGGCCUGGGUGGUCCGUCCUCCAGAGACGGUGAAGACCGGUGAGGUGUUCAGCGUCACAUACUCGGUAACGGCCCAGGACUCUUUCUACCAGUGGGCCAUCGAAAACCACAUCUUCACACACAGUUCCAUAGUAAACGCCGAAGCAGCUCAGAAGUUUUGUGAACAUCACGACUGUCCGGCCAACUGGAAAGACGCUGACGGAGAAAACUGCUGCAUUCAUCACGCUAACAUCCACUCCUGUCCACUGGUACACAUGGCAUCAGAGAGCAUCUGUGGUCCCUGGAUUCCUGACGAUGGAAAGAUCUUUACACACACCAUCUCUACCUCCGGCAAGAUGACCCAGACCAACUGGACUGCCAAGGUGGUUCUGGUCCAUGCUGGCUUAACCUCACUCAUCGCUCACAUACGAGUUGGUCGCAUGCAGGUUGCUCUUGAGGCCAAGAGCACCGUGUAUCCUGCUGUAGUGUGUGGUGAUGGCGUCUGUGAGGAGGCGGAGCUUUGUUCCACCUGUUCAGCUGACUGUGGUGAAUGCCCUAUGACCCCGGCCACCAAGCUGGCCAUCGGCCUGCCGCUCAGCCUGCUCUGCCUCUGCUUCGUACUGACUGCUGUGUGGCUGAGGUACCAGAAACAGAAGCUGUUGUGGGACGAGAGCUGGAUCAUAGACUUCACUACGAUAAAACAAGAUCUGGAAGCUCGUAUGACCAUGGGCAGUAUAAUGAGUGUACCGGUGGGGAACAGCGACAGUAACACCAGCUGCGUGACUGCUCUCAGCUCCUAUACAGGACAACCAGGGACCCGAAAAACAAUGUUCACCUGCACUGGGAUAUAUGAUGGCAGGACGGUGGCCAUCAAGAGGAUUCAAACAAAGGCUUUCUCUCUGUCCAAAACCAUAAGACAGGAAGUCAAACAAGUCAGGGAGCUCGAUCACCCCAACCUGUGUAAGUUUAUUGGCGGGUGUGUUGAGGUGCCCAAUGUUGCCAUAGUGACAGAGUACUGCCCAAAAGGAAGCAUUAAUGACGUUCUUCUUAAUGACGAGAUCCCGCUUAACUGGGGCUUCAGGUUUUCCUUCGCUACAGACAUCGCCAGAGGGAUGUCGUACCUCCACCAACACAGGAUCUGUCACGGCCGACUCAAGUCUCUAAACUGUGUCUUAGACGACCGCUGGGUCUGCAAAAUAACAGAUUACGGGCUGAGGAUGUAUCGCAGGGACGAUGGGGCGGAUCCUCUUUCCACCUAUCAGCAGAGACUCUUGGAGGUGUACAUGCCGCCCGAGUUUCAUAACUCCAACAUGGAGCCGACGCUAGCUGGAGACGUGUUCAGUUAUUCCAUCAUUCUGCUGGAGAUUGCCACUCGCAGCGACCCCGUCCCAGCAGAGGAGUCCAAUCUGGAGAGCGCCUGGUGUCCUCCUCUGCCAGAGCUGAUCUCCAGUAAAGCCGACAGCACCUGCCCCUGUCCUGCUGACUACGUAGAGCUGAUCCGGCGAUGUCGCUCUCGUAAUCCCGCCCACCGACCCACCUUUGAACAAAUCAAGAAGUUUGUUCAUCGAAUCAACCCGAUCAAAGUCAGCCCGGUGGACAUGAUGAUGAACCUGAUGGAGAAGUACAGUAAACAUCUGGAGGUGUUGGUGGCCGAGCGGACUCAGGAUCUGAUGCAUGAGAAACAGAGGACUGACAGGCUGCUAUACAGUAUGCUUCCUAAACAGGUGGCUGAUGACCUGCGGCAGGGGAAGCCGCUGCAGGCUCAGAGUUACGUCAGCGCCACCGUCUUCUUCAGCGAUAUCGUGGGCUUCACGCAGCUGUCCAGCAGCAGCACUCCUUACCAGGUCGUCGACCUCCUCAACAAACUCUACACGACGUUUGACGACAUCAUCGACAACUACGACGUGUACAAGGUGGAAACCAUCGGCGACGCCUACAUGGUGGUGUCUGGUGUUCCUCUGGAGAACGGGAUCCUCCACGCCUCAGAGAUCGCCAGCAUGGCUCUGGACCUGGUGGGCGUCUGUCGCACCUUCAGGAUCCCCCACAAACCCAACACACAGCUGCAGAUCCGAGCGGGGAUACACUCCGGUCCGGUGGUGGCGGGGGUUGUAGGGACGAAGAUGCCUCGUUACUGUCUGUUUGGAGAUACAGUCAACACAGCAUCCAGGAUGGAGUCCACCAGUCUGGCCCUGAAGAUCCAGUGCAGCUCCAGCGCGUUUUACCUGCUGGAGGAGAUCGGCGGCUACGUGCUGGAGUGCAGAGGGACGCUGCAGGUCAAGGGGAAAGGUGACAUGGUGACUUACUGGCUGGAGGGGAAGAAGACGUCUCUGGUCUCCAAGGACGUUAACCCCGACGCCAAGAUGCCCAAACACAUCGCCGUGGAGACGGAGGCAGAGGCGGAGAACGAGCGAGAGCUGUAUUCCACCAUACCGGGGAUUCUGAACGACGAUCUCCUGGAUCCGGUCUGA